UGACUUAAGUGAGGUGUUCAGAGAUGACAUAUGUAGAUUUGUCUGGGCUGGAUUGCGAACGUGCGAGGAGCUUCCUUCUCUUCUCAGGGCAAGCACAUCAAAUCCAGCUGCAGUCUCGUGGCCUUCAACACAGAUCAGGCUGGAGGUGGGAUGGUCGGCCUGUCUUCUGUGAACGCCGCAUCUGACGGGAAGUGGACCGUGACCCAGAUUUCAUGCCAUGCUGACCUCGUGACCGACCUGGACUUCUCGCCAUUUGAUGACUAUCUGCUGGCGACCUGCUCGGCUGAUGAGACGGUGAAGCUGUGGCGCGUGUGUGAUCCGGAUCAGGAUCAGUGCAGUAAUGCUGAGGUGACUCUGAGCCCCGCUGACGGGCGUCUGGAGGUCGUCCUCUUCCACCCUGCGGCCUCAGGGCUGCUCGCCGUGGCGUCUGUGAGGGGCCUUCAGGUGUGGGACGUCACACGAGACGCCGCACUCACAGUACUGGAGCAGCAUGAGGAUCAGCUGCAGGGUUUGGCCUGGAAGGAAGACGGAUCCCUGCUGGCUUCAUCCUGCAAGGACAAGAAGCUGCGCCUCUUCGACCCGCGGGCCCAGCCGUCAGCGGUCCAGUGCGUCCAGGGUCAUCAGGCUAAUAGAGACUCUCGGGUCCUUUGGGUCAAAGAUGACAGCUUGCUCACUACUGGCUUUAACCAGAUGAGGCAGCAGGAAGUGAGACUCUGGGACAGCAGGAAAUUGAGCUCGUCUCUCAGCUCGCUGUCUUUGGCCACGUCCAACGCGUAAG